AGGAGAGGGAGGAGUUUUCCAGGGGUAGCCUCGACGUCGGCUUGGAGUAGGUUUCUCCGCCUUGCCCCGACUUCUGCCUGCUCCUGGAUCUAGCUUAGCACGAGCACGGCGCCUCAGCGGUGAAACAUGAGGAGCCCCUCCGUUUGCUUCGCCCUUCUGCUGGCGGUGGGCGCGCGCUUCAGCCUCGCAUAUCAAGGAUCAGGAUACUCACUUCUAGAAGAUGAUGAAGAUGUGUAUGCACACAAUAGAUAUAAAGAUACGCCUUGGUGCUCUCCUGUCAAAGUAAAAUAUGGCUAUGCUAGCUGCAGAAGCUCUUAUGGAGGGUAUUACAAAAAUGUUUUGGGGACAAAAUGCAAUAUUCGUUGUCAGAAAGGCUAUGAACUGCAUGGGCCCCAGCAGCUUGUUUGCCAAUCAAAUAAACGUUGGUCUGGUAAAGUUUUGUGCAAACAAAAACGCUGCCUAACACUUUCAAUGCCAUCUAAUGGAGGAUUUAAGUGUUCAGAUGGUGCAUAUUAUAACUCCCGAUGUGAGUAUUAUUGUUCACCAGGAUAUCAGCUAAAAGGAGACCGAAUUGUACAAUGUAUGGAUAACAAAUUGUGGAGUGGAAAACCAGCUUCCUGUGUUGAUGUGGAGCCUCCCAGAAUCCAGUGUCCAAGUGUAAAAGAGAAAAUAGCAGAGCCUAAUAAAUUGACAGCCCGAAUUUUCUGGGACACCCCAGAGGGACGAGACACUGCUGAUGGUAUUUUGACAGAUGUUAUUUUGAAAGGACUACCUCCAGGUUCAUAUUUUUCAGAAGGAGAUCACAAAAUUCAGUACACUGUUUUUGACCGAGCUGAGAACAAAGGAACUUGCAAAUUUUUGGUUAAAGUCAGAGUCAGGCGCUGUGGGAAACUGAAUUCUCCAGAGAAUGGCUACAUAAAAUGUUCAGGUGAUGGUGAUAAUUAUGGUGCUACCUGUGAAUUUUCCUGCAUUGGUGGCUACGACUUGCAGGGAAGUCCAGCAAGAGUUUGCCAGUUCAAUUUAGGCUGGUCAGGAACAGAGCCAUCCUGUACACCUAUGACUAUUAAUGUUGGUGUGAGGACUGCAGCGGCCCUCCUGGAUCAGUUUUACGAGAAACGAAGACUGCUCAUUCUAUCCACACCUACUGCAGCAAAUUUUUUCUAUAGGAUGCAACUGGGAAUGUUGCAGCCAGCACAGUGUGGCUUAGAUCUCCGACAUAUUACUAUAAUUGAGUUGGUUGGGAUUUUCCCAGCCCAGUUGGGAAGAAUAGGAUCAAAACUAAUGCCUCCUGCCCUGGCUUUGCAACUCAGGCUGUUGCUCCAAAUCCCCCACUAUAACUUCAAUAUGGUGGUGGUUGAUAAACAUGGUGUGGAUAAAGAGCGAUAUCCUUUUCCAGCUACUCCUGCUGAGCUCUUUACUCUCGUUGAUAGUUUCCCUUUGAGAAAAGAUGAGAUGAAAUUACAAGGAGAAGCUGGCCAGUCCUGUCCCUGAUUUUGGAUUAUGACUUAUCACUUUUGCCAGUACUUGAUGUUGGCUAAAUUUCUUUCAGGUGCCACUCAAAGCAUGGAAUUAUGGAAGCCACAGGUGUACAGAUCCUUACAAUGUGUGUAUUGUAUUUAAUCUUAUGUUGUGGAGCUUCUUUCUCCUUAACAUAUGAUUGCUUUUGCAUUCAUUCUCCUCUUUGGAAAGUCUUGUAAAAGUGUCUUGGUUUAGGUCUCCAGAAAUAAUCUUCCUAUGUAAAUGGUUUCUUUGCUUUUGAUAGAUCUUUUAUUAAUAAAAUAUUGUUUUGCAUAAAA